AUGCUAAUAAAUAUAUCUCAUUUCUACUGUUGUCAACUUUUAGGACAUGUUACAAUUAAUCAGCUUGGUGGCGUGUUUGAAAAUGGAAGGCCACUGCGUGAAGCAAUACGUCGUCAUAUCGUUCAAUUAGCUCAAAGUGGUGUUCGUCCGUGUGAUAUAUCACGCCAAUUACGAGUAUCACAUGGAUGUGUCAGUAAGAUAUUAUGUCGAUAUUAUCAAACGGGUUCUGUUAGCCCAGGUAUUAUUGGAGGAAGCAAGCCUAAGGUGGCAACACCAACGGUAGUUGAUAAAAUUGCUGAAUAUAAAAGGAAUAAUUCAACGAUAUUUGCGUGGGAAAUUCGUGAAAAAUUGCUAGGCGAUAAAAUUUGCGACGCUAGCAAUGUACCUAGUGUUAGUUCAAUCAAUCGGAUUGUCAGAAGUAAAGUUCUCAGCGCCUACAAGUAUAACGACGGCAAUCAUAGCAGGAAACAAUCAGCUCUCUCUACUGGAGUAGAAGCAUCAUGUCAUUAUAGAAUUAACGACCUAUUAGGUAUUCCACAACCCCAGACAUCAUCUGUUGGCCAUUACAAGACUGUUAAUUCAUCCAUACAAGCUAACGAUGCGGGCCUUGUUAACGAUUAUACGAAUAAAUCAAACUUAAUUUACAGUUCUAAAAUGGAUCAUCAAGCUGCAGAUUUAAAGCUACAAAAAUUACGUCGCAAUAGAACAAUGUUUACCGAUGAGCAGAUUAAGAAGUUAGAAGAUAUUUUUAAAUCAACACAGUAUCCUGAUGUUUAUACCCGAGAAGAAUUGGCUUCAAAAAUUGGAUUAUCUGAAGCUCGUGUUCAGGUAUGGUUUAGCAAUCGUCGCGCAAAAUGGCGUAAAGAGGGAAAACAUCGAAGCCCAAGCAAACUAUCUAAUGAUGGAUCUACUACGUUAUUUAAUUCAAAAAGCACCAAUUCAAGCGUUAGUGAACAAUCUGAUGUCUUGCAUGAUGCUAUGGCCAAUUCCAAAAAAAAUACCUGUACCAUAGAUAUGUCAAGCGACGAAGUAGACGACAUAACUAACUAUUCUCAUUUGCAAUCAGCGUCGGAAGUUAACUAUUCUCAACUGGAUGGUUGUAAUUAUGAUGGCAGUAUUGCGCUAACAGUAGCAGAUCAUCAUGGAAAUGAGAGCCUUUUAAAAAAUUUCAACACUACAGUAGGUAAACACCAAUCAAUAUAA